AACUAAAACUUGAGUUAUUAUUAUUAAUCUUGUUCCUUUUGUUUUGUAGCUAUUUUUGGUGUUAUAUAUACCAUUGUAUCUUGUAUUCUUCUUGUUGAUAGCGAAUCUAAGAGUGGUCUCCAUAUUGGUCCUUAGAUCCUUAUGAUUAUGGACUGUUAUGGGGUGUGAUUUUGUUUUCCUCUUGUUAGUCUUGUAUCACAAUCCCAUUGCUUGUUAUAAGUGUGGUAAAACUGAUCAUCAAGUGAGAGAUUGGGAAAUUAAAUGGAGAAUGGAAAGAGCUGAGGCCAAGAAAAGAGAAAGAGGAAUUUUCUAUGGUGGAUUCUUGGGAUCUAACUCUGAAGAAACAAAUGAGGAAGAAGUAGAUGAAAUUGAACUCAUGCAAAUAGGAGAUUCAGACAUGGAAAAUGAAUAUAACAUAGCUGAGGUAAGAGUGAAUAGAGGCAAGAGAAAUUAUCAUAUGGUUAGAGCUUGCUCAGGACGUGAGACUGGAAGAAAACAAAGUUCCUUUCACUGAGGGAGUAGAUUUGAUUGCAAUAAGAAUACAAAGAUUGAGAGAACCAAAAACAAUAGUUUUUUAGAUAUGUAGUGUUUGAGUAAGGGGUGAGUAAGAGAUUCUUUCUUCAAAAGAAAAUAAUCUAAUAUGUGUUAUCCAGUGCUUGAAC